AUGCUAAGUGGCUGCCCGUCCACAUUCGCGACAUGGAGUGGGGACUUGCUUAUCUUAGAUACGCGAGACAUUAUGGAUGCCACAGUGGUGAAAUCAGUUAGAACUGUAGAGGAACUAGGCCAGAAGCAAUUUCAGGAGUUUUGCACAACCAGGCUUCAUGAGCGAAAAAUCUCGCUUUUUGAUGUUAUCAAGAGAAACAAGAUACAGCUGUUUAGUAGUCCUCCGGCUCCUAAAGAGACAACCAAGGAUAAGAUGAAAAUAGCUUCACUAAAGAGCAACUGCUCCCUGUUUUCACGCGUGUACAUCUCAUGUCAGGUUAGAGAAGGUGACUUAGACAGCUUCUUUACUCACGAGAACCAGAGCUACCCGCCUUCUUUGUCUCAGUAUGGAACUCUAAGAUCAGGAAACAAGUCAGAUUUGCUAUUCUGUCUAGAAAGGUUGUGUCCCGCUAAAGCGGAAAAGCCUUCCGUUGACGUUCUAUUAUUAGAUGGGGCAGCCAUUGUGAACAUGCUUAAACCCACCGGAGCUUGCAAGACGUUUGCAGAAUACAGUCAGUUUGUUUUUAUACCAUACUUAACCAGGGAGCUUGAAAGUGUUAAGAGGGUAGAUGUGGUGUGGGACAGAUACCUCUCAAACAGUCUGAAGGAUUGCACUAGAAGAAAGAGAGGAAAUGGCUCACGACGACGAGUCCAGCCAGACACAAAGAUUCCUGGAAACUGGGCUGCUUUUCUGAGAGUGGAUGAGAACAAGGUGGAGCUUUUCCAUUUCCUGGCCGAGCAGCUAAUCACAAUCUCAAAUGUCCAUGGACAGGUAGUAACUACCAAAGACGAAUCAGUGCCCUUUAACGAUGAAAGAAAUGACAUCACUAACCUAGCGCCAUGUGGACAUGAAGAGGCCGACACAAGGCUCUUGCUGCAUGUGGCUGACGCUAUAAACCAAGGAUUCACUAAGGUAAUGGUACGCACAGUUGACACCGAUGUUGUAGUGAUCUCAGUGGCAGCAUUUCACCAGAUUCAACUUUCUGAACUUUGGGUUGCCUUUGGUACUGGAAAACACUUUAGGUACCUGCCUGUUCACGAUAUUUGCCAGCGUAUCGGUCCAAUUAAGUCUCAAGCACUUCUCGCCUUUCACGCCUUCACUGGGUGUGACCAAACAUCCUUCUUCACACACCGCGGAAAGAAGACAGCCUGGGAAGCUUGGGAUGCUUUCAGUGAAGUGACAACAUCUUUUCAAGUCCUGAGCGAUGCACCAACGCUCGAAGACGUCUGUGAACAGUUGCCUACUCUGGAGCGCUACGUUAUCAUCAUGUACGAUCGUUCUAACACUUGCAAGGAAGUAAAUGAAGCUCGUAGAGAUCUCUUUACACGAAAGGGGAGAGACAUUGAAGGUAUUCCCCCUACGGCUGACGCCUUGCGUCUGCACACAAAGCGAUGUGCAUACCAAGCUGGGCACUGCUGGGGCAAGGCAUUGGUGCCAUCCCAUCCCCUCCCAUGUCCAAGUGAAUGGCGCUGGGUGCGGAGUGCCAGUCAAGUUUGGGAACCACUAUUUAUGACCCUUCCGGAAGCAUCGCAGAGCUGCCAGGAGCUGUUAAAGUGUGGAUGCAAAAGUGACAAGGGCUGUACCAGAAGAUGUAAAUGUGUUAGAGCCGAGCUGCAGUGUACAGCCUUGUGUAAUUGCAGCGGUCUUUGUGAGAGGGAUGAGUCCACAGGGUCGUAA